ACGGAGGACACGCGAGCCAGAUACAGUAUGUUUACCGGCGAGGGUAAAGUUCGGUCCAAGCCGAUAAGGGUUAUCGCCGCUGCAUGUAACAACAUGGGAAUCGGGAAAGACGGACAUCUUCCGUGGAGCCUUCCGAGAGAGUUUCAGUUCUUCCUGGAUGCCGUCAGGACAGUUUCCAAACCAGACAGGAAGAACUUGAUCAUCUGGGGCAGGGAGACCUGGUUCUCUGCCCCCAAGGGACUCUUCCCCAUCGCCAACAGCGUCAACGUUGUGCUGAGCAACACGCUCAGCGCAGUGCCAGAGCGUGCCCACCAUCUCUGCCGGGACUUUGAGGGCGCGGUCCAGCUCGCCACCGCCGGACCUGCCGGGGACCAGGUGGAGACCAUAUGGGUUGUCGGCGGGGCGGAGGUUUACAGAAAGGCUCUGGAACACCCCUGGUGUGAUCUGGUCUACCUGACCCACAUCAUGGCCGAUUUUGACUGCGACACCUUCUUCCCCCCAUUGGACCGGAGUAUCUACGCACUGCAGGACAGGUUUCCUGGAGUUCAACACAAGAUACAGGAGGAAAACGGCAUUCGCUAUAAAUUCCAGGUUUUCAAGAGGAAUGGCUAAUGGGAUGCACUCAGCGCAGUUAUCCAGCUACCUCUAAUCCUGCUUCGUAGUGAAAUACCACUCAGAUCUUAAAUCUUUUUUAGUCAUUUUCAUGUUAUACUAUUAAAAAAAAAAAAGGAAUCGAUCAACCUUGAAAACUGCUGCUACAUUUGGCAGCCUCGUCUCUGAUCCGAGUUUGAAACUAAUGUGGAGUUGCUACUGUUGCUUUGAGCUCAUGCCAUGGGCAAAGAUGAGUAUCACUGCAAACUGCAAAUGAACGGCUCCUGGUUAGCCUCACUGACCUGGUGCUAACGCUCCACUUCUGUGCGUCGCUCUGGAUAAGAGCUUCUGUCAAAUGAUUCUAAUGUAAUGUAUGUAUUUAACAUAUUUAAGGCUCACUGUGUUUUAUAACUUAUUCCAUAUUUUGAUACUGAACAAUGUUUUCAUGCCCCAAAUUAAAAUAAGGAUGUCCUUAA